UUUACGUUCCAAUCACAAAAUUAGUUCUCUUCAGAUGAUCGGUUAGGAAGGAUCAAGCAGGUUGUUCUAGUUGUUUGGAAACAGUUGAAUGUUUGCAUGUGUUGUAUGUGUUUUGAUUGCUUGAUUUAAAGUACACUCGGUGAGAUUUGUUUGCUUCCAAUUAUGGAUGAUAACUUUCCCUUUGCCGGCUACGGUUUGGUUGCGGUUGGAGUUUUGCUCACCGUUUGCAAGGCAGAAUCCGGAGAGCAUGCAAUGGCAGUAGUUACAUAUCUAAUCAUGCACAUUGUUCUUUUCUUUGGAGUUCUGCAAAGAAAUUGCAGUGCAGUUCAAGCGUACGCCAAGUUUGCAAUGUUGGUGUUUAUCAUUCACGUGGCAGCGAUUGUGAUAAAGACGUGCGAGGAAGUGCUCAAAUUGAAGCCACUGCUGUCGUUUGAGGUGCUAAAUUUGGUUUUCAUUCGAGCCGUUGAAGUUUUGUUCAUGUAUGCAUUGCUGCAGCUUGUGAUAAAAAUAACCGGAGAUUUUGUUGAAAAAGUAGGCAAAGAGCAAGGAAUUGACGAUACAUCACCAUCGAAAGGGGAAAUCUCCAAGAAAGAAGAAAAUGGUUUACCUACUGGUAUCAAAAUAAAUUGUAAUAAUCAAAGUAUUAGUGCCAAAAGCGAAAAUGGAAUUGGAUCCACCGAUAUUGUCAUUGACGUCUCUGAUAACACUAUUGGAAUCGCAACUGAGCCUCUUUUGCCGAAUUCUGCCCCCGAAAAAUAAAGGCAGGGAAAUAUAUUUUGAAAUGACCAAAAGUUGCUUAAUUUACUGACAUUAUGCCGUAAA